AUGAUGAAUUUUUUCGGCGCCAAGGGUUUCGGCGCUCAGCAGGACCAAGGCGUCUCAAACCAGCAAGCACCAGCUCAAUAUCAGCAACAGCAGCAGGGCUCGCAGUCAGAAAAACCCAAAUUGUCCACGAACGGUUUAUUUCCAAAUUUCACCACUCAGACAGCUACACCCACGACAGCAGUAAGCGAGAACUCUUACGCUAUGGGAACGACAGGGCUGGCCUCCACCCAAUCUGACAUCGCUUUGGCUCAGAUGAAAUCGAUGAGUACCCAAUCUGAUCUCCGUUCACAGGCUUUUAAAGGAUCAGAGCAGCAAGCGUCGCAAUCGAAUCUGGCACCAGUUUCUCCUUCUUUUCCAUCCUCAAGUCACAACUCUCAGUACUUGCAGCCGUCUAAUGGCCAUAAGGUCCACUCUGCUGGCACCUCUGAGGGGAACACUUCCGAGGAAUGCGACGUGAUGACGAAUCUCGAAUCAGACACACGCGAAACAGGCAUUCCGAGAGGCAGGCUUGAAGUUACCAUAGCAGAGGCGCAAGGACUUCUCACCCGGUCUAGUCAUUCUCAACCAUACGUGGUGUGUACAUUUGAGAGCUCCGAGUUUAUUUCGGAAGGUCCUGAGUCUGUGGACAACAAACCUGUUGUGCACAACGGCACUUCUGCUUGGAGGGGUGAAGUGCCUCCAAUCGGGGGAAAAAAGAGCAAGGAGCCACUUUACACACGUCAAUCAUCCUCACAGCUUGACAAGCUAAACUCGCAAUCAUUGGCACCCAAUAACAAUUGCGCCAACCCUAUAUGGCAUCACGAAACCACUUUUGAUGUCUUGGGGGCUCAUUCGGAACUUGAUAUAUCGGUAUACGAUGCUGCCCACGAUGACAUGUUUUUGGGCCAAGUGCGUCUGCGUCCGGACCUGAAUACAUCUUCACCUUCCAAGCACGAACAGUGGUACAAGCUACAAAGCAGAAUUAUCGGCGAAAGCGUAGCUGGGCACAUCUUGGUAAAGUGGACAUACAAAUCUACGAAGAAGCGACACUAUGGACCUCAGGAUUUUGAGGUCCUUCGGCUGUUAGGGAAGGGCACAUUUGGCCAAGUUUAUCAAGUACGGAAAAGAGAUACCAAGAGGAUUUACGCUAUGAAGGUGCUUUCCAAGAAGGUAAUUGUCAAGAAAAAUGAGAUUGCUCACACAAUUGGUGAGAGAAACAUCCUUGUGCGUACUGCUUCCAAGCUAUGCCCCUUCAUUGUCGGGCUCAAAUUCUCGUUCCAGACUUUGGCCGAUCUAUAUCUGGUGACGGAUUUCAUGAGUGGCGGUGAGCUAUUCUGGCAUUUACAAAAAGAAGGCAGAUUCGCAGAAGAUCGCGCGAAAUUCUAUAUCGCUGAACUGGUACUUGCUUUGGAGUACUUACAUGAAAACGACAUUGUUUACCGUGAUCUGAAACCUGAGAACAUCUUGUUGGAUGCAAACGGUAACAUUGCUUUGUGCGAUUUCGGUUUGUCAAAAGCCGAUUUGAAAGACCGCACAAAUACUUUUUGCGGAACCACAGAGUAUCUGGCCCCAGAGCUUCUGUUAGAUGAAAGCGGUUACACUAAGAUGGUCGAUUUCUGGUCUUUGGGUGUUUUAAUUUUCGAGAUGUGUUGUGGCUGGUCACCAUUUUUCGCAGAAGACAACCAAAAGAUGUAUCAGAAAAUCGCAUUUGGGAAAGUCAAGUUUCCUCGCGACGUUUUGUCACCAGAGGGUCGUUCAUUUGUGAAGGGCCUGCUCAACCGUAACCCUAGACAUCGUUUGGGUGCUAUCGAUGAUGGAAGAGAACUAAGAGCGCAUCCUUUCUUUGCAGACAUCGACUGGGAAGCUUUGCGGCUGAAGAAAAUCCCACCACCUUUCAAACCCCAUCUUUCGGGGGAAACGGACACUUCGAACUUUGACCCGGAGUUCACUCAGACCUCGACCUCGUACAUGAACAAGCAGGCUAUUGCCGUGACGCCGCUGUCGCCCGCCAUGCAGGCCAAGUUUGCCGGCUUCACUUUCGUGGACGAGUCAGCUAUGGAUGAACACUACAACACUAAUUACAACAACCGCAAAUUUCUCCAGAACUCAUAUUUCAUGGAGCCAGGUUCUUUUAUUCCAGGCAAUCCAAACCUGCCUGCUGACGAAGAUGUGAUCGACGAAGAAAUCGAACAAGACACGGGGCUGGAUGCUGGCAAACCGGCUAGUGCCCACGAGCAGGUGGAUUUCGACGGAGACCAUCACAUGGAUGAUGAAUUCGUUAGCGGCCGUUUCGAAAUAUGA